AAGAUCCGAUCUCCCCACCCCUCGCUUCUUCCUGACCUCUCAUCCUCGCCCUGCAGCCCAAAUCCGCGCCACCGAUGGCCCUCACGGGCCUCACCGACGCCACGGCGCCCGCCGCCGACGCAAUGCCGCCCGCCACCAAGGACGCCGGCGGGGACGUCCGCAUGAUCUCCUCCAAGGAGAUGAGCGCGCACAACGCCGCCGACGACCUCUGGAUCUCCAUCUCCGGGGACGUCUACGACGUCACGCCCUGGCUGCGCCGCCACCCGGGCGGCGAGGUCCCGCUCCUCACCCUCGCCGGCCAGGACGCCACCGACGCCUUCAUGGCCUACCACCCGCCCUCCGUGCGCCCGCUGCUCCGCCGCUUCUUCGUCGGCCGCCUCUCCGACUACACCGUCUCGCCGGCCUCCGCCGACUUCCGCCGCCUCCUCGCGCAGCUCUCCUCCGCGGGCCUCUUCGAGCGCGUAGGCCCCAUGCCCAAGGUCCAGCUCGCCGCAAUGUCCGUCCUCUUCUCCCUCGCCCUCUACUGCACCCUCGCCUGCGCCUCCACCGGGGCCCACCUCUUCGCCGGCGGCCUCAUUGGCUUCAUCUGGAUCCAGUCGGGCUGGAUCGGCCACGACUCGGGCCACCACGAGCUCACCACCCACCCGGCCCUCAACCGCCUCAUCCAGAUCAUCACCGGCAACUGCCUCACCGGCCUCGGCAUCGCCUGGUGGAAGUACAACCACAACACGCACCACAUCGCCUGCAACAGCCUCGACCACGACCCGGACCUCCAGCACCUGCCGCUCUUCGCCGUCUCCACCAAGCUCUUCAACAACAUCUGGUCCGUCUGCUACGAGCGCACCCUCGCCUUCGACGCCAUAUCCAAGUUCUUCGUCAGCUACCAGCACUGGACCUACUACCCGGUCAUGGGCUUCGCCAGGAUCAAUCUCAUGGUGCAGUCGAUCGUCUUCCUCAUCACGCACAAGAAGGUGCAGCAGCGGUGGCUGGAGGUCGCCGGAGUCACCGCGUUCUGGAUUUGGUACCCCUUGCUGAUCUCCACCCUGCCGAGCUGGUGGGAGAGGGUGGCGUUCGUGCUCGUCGGCUUCUUCGUCACGGGGCUUCAGCAUGUGCAGUUCACCCUGAACCACUUCUCAGCCGAGGUGUAUCUCGGCCCACCAAAGGGGAACGACUGGUUCGAGAGGCAGACCGCCGGCACGCUCGACAUCAAGUGCCCGCCGUGGAUGGAUUGGUUCCACGGCGGCCUGCAGUUCCAGGUCGAGCACCACUUGUUCCCUCGCCUGCCCCGGCAACACUACAGGAUGGUCGCGCCGUUUGUGCGCGACCUCUGCAAGAAGCACGGGCUGCAUUACGGCGCCGCGACGUUCUGGGAGGCAAAUGUGAUGACGGUCAAGACGCUAAGGGCUGCAGCAAUGCAGGCUAGGCAAGCCACUACCGGUGCCGCGCGGAGGAAUUUGGUCUGGGAAGCUGUUAACACUCUUGGAUGAGGUUAUCUGAGUACCAGGCAAUUGCUAGCAUUAUCCAGGCUUGUCGGCAUGAAGUUAUCUGAGUGCUUCUCGAUUGUGUAGAGAGAUUUGAUCCUUUCACCUGUUGGAGCUGUAUCGGAUUUUUCGUGUUUCCCGAGUGAGUGACUCUCUUCUGCAGUUGAAGAGCUAGUUGUUCAUGCUUCAAUUGUCUACCUGUACACCACAUUUAGGUUCUCCCUGUCACGGUAAACCAUUACAAUAGCAAUUGCUUUAUAUCAUUAUAAUUAAUUUA